AUGGAGCUGAAUAAGAGUUGGAUUAACAUAUCGAACAGGCUAGAUCCUCGAUACGAACAAGGAAUUCAGGAGUUCAUUCAGUUUGCCUAUAGACAUAAGUCUCCUGGGGCAAGCAUAUAUUGUCCGUGUAUUAAAUGUGUUAACAGAUAUUUUCAUAAACGAGAUGUUGUGGAGGAACACCUCAUUUUGAAUGGGUUUGACACUAAUUACAUAAUAUGGACGAUUCAUGGAGAGUUAUAUGUGCCUCAUCAUAGUCGAGAAGAAUUUCAAGAUCAGGAAUGUAAUAUUGGAGAUGAUAUGGUGGGAAUGAUACAUGAUGCACAUGGAGUUCCCAUAAACAAUGUUGGAAGUAGUGAAGAAGCUACGAGAUUUUAUGAAUUGUUGGAGAAGGCAGAAACAGAGUUAUGGCCUGGUUGUAAGAACUUUACGAAAUUAUCGUUUAUUGUUCGUUUACAACACUUGAAGGUAUUGGGUGGGUUGUCGGAUAAAAUAUUUGAUAUGUUGCUUGAGUUGUUGAAUGAGGCAUUUCCAGAAGGAGUGUCAUUGCCACGAUCAUAUCGAGAGGCUAAGAAAUUGAGUGAGGAUUUAGGUUUUAAGUACUAUAAGUACGAUGCAUGCCCUAACAAUUGUAUGCUCUUUUGGAAAGAUGCAUCAAAGUUGGACAGAUGUACUUUUUGUGGGGAGUCAAGGUACAAAGAAUACGAGGUGCACGUAGACGACGAUAUAACGAAGAUGAAAAAAGUCGCUUCUAAACAAGUACGACACUUUCCUUUGAUCUCGAGACUGCAAAGAUUGUUUAUGUCUAACAAAACAGCAUCGUUAAUGAGGUGGCAUGAAGAAGGUAGAACAAAGGAUGGUAUAAUGAGGCACCCUGCUGAUUCAUUGGCUUGGCAAUCUUUUGAUGAACAACAUCCGAAAUUCGCUGAAGAUAGUCGCAAUGUUAGACUUGGGUUGGCUUCUGAUGGGUUUAAUCCGUUUCGAACAAUGACCAUUAGCUAUAGCAUUUGGUCAGUUGUGUUAAUGCCAUAUAAUCUACCACCUUGGUUGUGUAUGAAACAACCUUACUUCAUCUUGUCUUUAUUGAUUGAUGGACCUCGUGCACCAGGAGACAAUAUUGAUGUGUUUCUGCAACCGUUGAUUCAAGAGUUACAAGAAUUAUGGAGCGAGGGGAUAGAAACUUAUGAUGCUUCAAGAAAAGAAAUGUUUCACAUGCAUGCAGCAUUGUUGUGGACGAUUAAUGAUUUUCCUGCGUAUGCUAAUUUAUCUGGAUGGAGUACUCGAGGAAGAGUUGCUUAUCCUUGUUGCAUGAAAGAGACGGAGUCCAAAUGGUUAAAACAUGGUGGUAAGUUUUGUUAUAUGGGUCACCGUAGAUUCUUGGAGGACACGAGUCAUCAUUUUCGGUUAGACAAGAAGAAUUUUGAUGGAACCAUUGAGAACCGUGUUGCUCCUCCUCAGUUAUCUGGCCACGAUGUAUUCAAAGAUGUUGAAUUUGUUAAGAAGAUGUAUGGAAAUCGUGAGAAUUCUGGCACUAGUGUUGGGAGAGGAAUGGGUGGUUGGAAAAAACAUAGUAUAUUCUUUGAGCUUCCAUAUUGGCAAGACAAUUUGAUCCGACAUAAUCUCGACGUCAUGCACAUUGAGAAAAAUGUUUGUGACAACAUAAUUUGGACGUUAUUAAAUGUUUCAGGUAAAACAAAGGACAACUUGAAAGCACGUCUUGAUUUGAAAGAACUAGGGAUAAGAAAAAAGUUACAUCCUGAAGAUCGUUUGGGUGGGAAGAAGUUCUUAUUGACAUUGAAAAAGUAUGUAAGGACUAGAAGUCAUCCAGAAGGAUCUAUUGCUGAAGGUUAUUUGGCAGAAGAGUGUUUGACUUUUUGUGCAAGGACACACUUACAAUCCAUUAGAUUGGAAAGAAGAGGUGCUAGCAAUCGUGAAAUUACACAAAAACACCAUGAAAACUUCCCAUUAUGGUUUCAAAAACAUGUUUAUGAAUUGCAAGUAAGUGGUCACAAUGUACCCAAUGAAGUGAAAACAUUAGCUGCUGGGCCUCACUCAUGGGCAUGGAAGUAUUCUGGGUACAUCGUAAAUGGAUUCAAAUUCCACACGAGGCGUCGAGAAAGGAGAAGAAUGACUCAAAACAGUGGAGUAUUACUAACUGCAAAUACUGAAAGUUAUGCUAGUUCAAAAGAUAAACGUCCUAUCAGUGGUGAUGUUACCUUUUAUGGAGUCCUAACAGAUGUUGUUGAGAUACGAUACUCUAACGAAUUCAAAUUUGUUUUGUUUAAGUGUGAUUGGGUUGACAAUAACAGAGGGAUGAAGGUUGACAGUUUGAAUUUCAUAACUGUAAAUUUUAAUUGUUUAAUGUAUCAAGAGAAUAAACCAACAGACGAACCUUUUAUACUUGCAACUCAAGCAUCACAAGUGUGGUAUGUGGCUGAUCCUCUUGAUGAAGAAUGGCACGUUGUCAUGAAGAUGACACCUAGAGAUUUGUAUAACAUGGGUAAAAGAAAUGUGACAGGGAGUUGUGAUGAGGAAGAUGCUUUAAUUAGUAAUCAUGUUGAAAUCAACAAUGAUCAGUCCUUACAUGCAGAGUUAGGAGAAUCUGAUGAAGACUACUCUUCUGGAGAAUCUGAUGAGGAUGGUAUGCUAGUUGAUAUAUCAGAUGACGACGACAAUUCCAUUCCUUAUACUGCACAUAGUGAUGAUAAUGAUUUCUAA